AUGGAUAUAAAUAGAUAUAUUAAAUAUAUUAAGAAUUGUAAUUAAAUUACAAGAUAAUCAUAUUGGUUGCAAUUAUAAUAAUACUUUUUAAUUCUAUCUUUUCAAAACAAACUCAAGAAACAACCUUUUAGAUAACUUUAGAAAUUUAUCCUGGUUUUAUCCUAUAUAUAUUAUUUACAAUAAGUUUGA